AUGGAGUGCAAGGAACUAAGACUUUGCCCAGAUGAUCAACCAGUGGUGGGAUGCGAAGUCCUUACUUGGAUCAAAGUGGAGAACACAGAUUCGAACGGGAAGACAUACUUGGUGUCGGCUAAAGAUUUUGAAGAUCAGAAGUACUCCAUCAAAUUCACCUGGUGGCGGGAGCUGUCAACUGGAUGUGCAGUACAAGUAGGUUCAUCAAAAACCUACACUCCAUCAGACAGCGACUCUGGUACAAAGCUUAGAGUAACCGCUGUUGUAACUAAAGAUGGUGUUCCUGUUUCCCCUGAAAUAAUCUGUACGACUGCCCCAGUCAUCAAACGGCCUCCACCAGAUUUUCGUAAAAUGAUCCGACUUGGAUCAGAAGAGGGAUCUACAAGUAUGACAGUCAUAUCAUACAACAUCAUGGCGGAUUUCUUGAGACUCCCUCACGGAAAUAGUAGCCAUUGCCCUCCCUGGGCACUCUCGUGGGCAUACCGCCGAGAAAACUUAUUCAGAGAGAUUGGCUCUUAUAGGGCAGAUAUAAUAUGCCUACAAGAGGUACAAAGUAAUCAUCACUAUGGUUUCUUCAAUAAAGAAUUUGACAAGUUAGGUUAUUCUUCCAUCUUUACAAGGAGAAUCAGCCAGCUACGGAUGGGUGAUGAAGAUGGAAUGGACGGGUGUGCCAUAUAUUUUCAACGUGACCGGUUCCAGUUAGUUGCGCAAUAUAAGAUUAAGUAUGCUGAAUGCGUAUUGCCACUACUACAAAGGUUUGAACUUGAUGAAAGGGUGCAGGUCAGCCGUCGGCUCAUGAAGGAUAAUGUAGCAGCGGUUGCCAUUUUGGAGGAAAUAGAAGACGCCAAGUCGAAGAUAUGUAUAGCAAAUACCCACAUCUACCGUGGCUCGGAUAAUGAUCGUAAAGGGUCUGAUGUCCGGUUAUUUCAGGUUUCUACCCUUCUAAAGGGCCUUGAAAAGUUUCAUUCACUUGGCAUUCCCAUAAUACUUUGUGGCGACUUCAAUAGUACACCUAGAAGUGAGACCCAUCAAUAUAUUGUCAAUGGAAAAGUUGAAAGUUUUGAUCAAGACCCUUUGGGCAUCAAGAAGCAGCUCGACCUCAGUCACUCAUUGCACCUAGCAACCGCUUAUGACACAUACGGGUUUGAUGAGCAUAAUCCCUCGAAAAUAAGUUGUGGAAGAAUUUUGGAUUAUAUCUUUUACUCUGAAGAACUGUUGAGUGUUCAAGGCUUGCUCGGACCUCCAGAUUAUGAGAACAUGUUGAAAAGGUUGAAGGAUGAGAGGCUGCUAGCACCUCCCAAUUAUGAUCGCACCCGGAAGCUUUUCCCUUCACCAUUUUGGUCAUCCGAUCAUCUUGCACUUGGAGUCACUUUUAAGAGGAUGAUUCUCUCUGAAAGUAAUGGCGCCAAAGCCAAUGGAGGAGCCCUUGGUGGCGUGCAAGAAGCGCAAAUCAAAAAACAAGAGGAAGUAAAGGCAACCACGCUCGAGGAGGAGAAGAAGAAGAAGAAGAAGAAGAAAUCUUCUCGAAAAUUGGUGAGAAAGAACCCGAAAACCAAGAAAGUCGAAACGGCGACCACUACUUUGGCUUUUGUUUUCAAAACUGGGGUUAUGUUAGCUACUGAUCAUAAGCCAAGUUGA